ACUGAUUAUGUGUUUUUAUGGGAAUUAUUUUCCUUGUGCCUGUGGUAUACAACAGUUAAGCAUUUCAUAAGUCCUUAAUUUAACUUGCAGUAGUUUUAAUUUCAUCCUUUAAGUUCAAGGUAUAAUAAUAGAAUAAUUUUAAUGUAUGCAUUUAAUACAAUGAUAACUAAACUUAUUAUUUUCAACUAUGCAGCAUUUUUGCAGAUAUUUUUUUAGUUUGGGGUAAUUUAAACACAGUUGACCAAAUGAAAAUGGAAGAUAAUGAUGGUGAUUAUAUAUUAAGUGAUACAUACAGUGCAAGUGAUGACGAGACUCAAAUUGGAAUUAAACUAUCUUUAGAAGUUCUUGCUAAACACAAAAUCCUCACACAUAUUAUUGAUGGAUUUAUUAUUGAAGAAUCGAUUCAACCUUUUGAGCCUGAAGUUCCUUCAUUUUUAUCAAGUCGUCAGUUGAAUAUGAUUCGUGAGCGACAGCAAGAAAUUGUAGCACGAGAAAAAGAGCGUGAGAUAGCAUACGAGGAGAAUUUGUUAACCCAAACCCCUGCUGAAGUGAUCGAAACUGCUACGUGCGACCAAUGUGGGUUCAUGGGACCUCGAUCACGAUUUGCGCAACCCUCUGCACGAUUCUGUUCACUUGGAUGUGCGCGCAAAUACAAAACAGGUUGUCCGAAGCGGCUGGUCAACCGAUUGCAGGUUGCAACUCUUGGGGGAAAACGUGGUAGGCCAAGAUUACAUCUUUCGCAAAUUAAUCAGAACAGAAAGGCUGGUUUGGGCAGGGGAAGAAAAUCAUCUGUGAAUAAAAUUCCCCCCUCCCCUCCUCAUAGCAUCUCAUCCUCAUCAUCUUUCUCCAUGUGUGAUGGUUGCUCCAAUACAUCAGAAUCCUCAUUCACAUCUUCUCCAGAGCAAUCCCCGCAUCCGGACCUACCAGAGAUGUCGGGAGCAUCAAGUUGUCCUGUGCGUUGGAGCGUGGAAGAUGUAUUCACUUUCAUUAAGUCACUUCCAGAUUCUUCGCAGCAUGCUGAAGAUUUUCGAAUGCAAGAAAUUGAUGGAUCAGCUCUUCUACUGCUGCACGAAGAGCACCUCGUGUGUUCAAUGAAUCUACCACUUGGGCCUGCUCUUAAACUGUGUGCUCAUAUUGAUAGAUUACGUGAACGAGAGGUUUACUAGAUUCACUUUUAGUGAAUUUAUAUUUAUAAUGUUAUGGAUGAAUUAAAUGAAAUGAAUUUGCAUUUACUGUUUAAAAUGUUGCUUCUAAAGUUGUGUCAUGAAACUGACACAUGACAAUUCUAAAUUAAUUAUUAAAUGUUUGAGCAUGUGUUGCAUGAAAUUGGAAUAUGUUAGUUUUUUUAUAUGGUGUGCUACAAGCAAAGCCAGAAAAUGAAAUUGUUGUGUAAACUGUUUGGUGGUUGCACCAAGUAAAACUGAACCAAUAAGCUUUACAUGCAAAACUUGGUUGCAUGGGUAAUAUGGGGCAAAUCUAGCUCACAUUCCAGGUGACUUUUGUUUACCUUGUUUUUGUUGUAUUUGUUCUAAAUAUGUCUAUUUGUCUUUUAAAUAAAUGUCAGAUUAUGUUUCAUGAUUUCUUUAUUCUGCAUGGCAAGUUUAUUCAAUGUUGUGCUUACUUGUAAGUUUAACGAGCAUAAUAGGUGUUUUAUUUUGUAACCAAUAUCUUUAUGGUAAAGUGUUUUUACAUACAAUGGUAGCAGCGUUGAGUUUUAAUCUCGGUAUUUUUCAGUUGUGAACUCGAUCAGUCGUCUAAUCUCUGCUGUUUGUUGGUGUUUUGUUUGCACAUUAUUUUGAAACUUUAAUUAUUUUGUCAUAAAAUAACAACUGUCUAAUAAAAACUAAUAAAGUAACAUAAUUGAUUUUAAUUGAACGGCAAAAUAAAGCGUGGUUGCAGGCAAAAAAAGACAGGAUUGAAGCACAGUGCACCGAUAGCAUACCAAUGCCAGUACGUUAAUAUACCGUACAUAAUAAAUGCCGAAUUUUGUUGUUUUACUGUUUUUUUUUUUCGACACAAAUAUAUGGUGAUAUUGCACAAUGA